AUGCAGGUCAAGAAGAUCAAGGUAGAGAACCCCGUCGUUGAGAUCGACGGGGAUGAGAUGACGCGCGUUAUCUGGCAAUGGAUCAAAGAGAAGCUUAUCUUGAAAUACCUGGAUCUGCCCAUCGAGUACUUUGACCUGAGCAUACAGCACAGGGAUGCGACCGACGAUCAAGUCACUGUUGACGCGGCACACGCGAUCAAGCAAAUUGGUGUCGGUAUCAAAUGCGCAACAAUUACGCCUGAUGAAGCGAGAGUCAAAGAGUUCGGACUGAAGAAGAUGUGGAAAUCACCGAAUGCAACCAUUCGAAACAUCAUAGGCGGCACGAUAUUCAGAGCCCCCAUUCUGAUCGACAAUAUUCCUCGACUGGUGCCUGCGUGGAAAAAGCCAAUCGUCAUUGGGCGUCAUGCAUUUGGCGAUCAGUACAGAGCCGUAGACUUCACUGUCAAUGCGCCUGGAACGGUCAAGCUGGUCUACUCACCUGAUGACGGGUCCACCCCAGUAACAAGGGAUCUCCACCACUUCAACUCUGGAGGCGUCUGUCUGGGCAUGUAUAACGAGGACGCAAGCAUCAGUGACUUCGCACUGGCAUGCUUUCAAUAUGCUCUGGAUGCCAAGAUGCCGCUCUACCUCUCGACAAAAAACACCGUCCUAAAGGCUUAUGACGGGCGCUUCAAGCAGAUCUUCCACGACAUCUACACGAAAGACUUCGAACAACGAUUCAAAGCUGCCGGCAUUUGGUGA